GGAUUCGUUCGCCUCAUUGCUUUCGGCAACCACCACCUUUUGUUAUGCCCAAAAUACGCACGACCAGGACCAAGCAACCGCCAGAAGGAUAUGAAGAGAUAGAAUCGAUAUUGGACGACUAUGCAAGGAAGAUGAGAGAUGCUGAGAAUGAGUCGCAUGAGGGCAAGCGCAAGUCUGAAUCUUUGUGGCCUAUCAUGCAAAUUUCGCAUGCCCGCUCCAGAUAUGUUUACGAGCUAUACUACAAGCGGGAAGCUAUCUCGAAACCGCUGUAUGACUGGCUCCUGAAAGAGGGAUUUGCGGAUGCCAACCUCAUUGCCAAGUGGAAAAAGCCGGGUUAUGAGAAACUCUGCUGUCUCCGAUGCAUACAGACGAAGGACAUGAAUUAUCAAGGUUCAACGUGCAUAUGCAGAGUCCCGAAAGCACAAGUCCGCUCGGGAACAAUCGUGAACUGUGUUCAUUGCGGCUGUCGCGGGUGUAGUUCUGAUUCAUGAUUCGAACGGUCCCGCCUUUUACGGCAAUGCAUACUCUGUCUAACCCUGGAACGGUGGUGUUUCCGUCGAUUCACUUCGUUGGGCGAAUACCGGGCGCGAAUCGUAUUGUGUAUACAUAUCGCUUUCGAAUGUAAAUUAUCCUCUGAAUGGCUGGAGUUUCCUUGCGGCAUUUCUCUACUAUAUUCAAGGCAAACGCCUAGGAACCUACGACAGCACUUCAGUUCCCUUGUUGUUUGUUCCUGAAGUUGAAUUUGUGAUGUUGAGUCGUCCUCUUUGGCUAGAAUGCUUGAAGCGCCAAGGUGACAAGAUUGGCUUGAAGUAGAGUAGUUCAAUGAAAGA